AUGGUCAUUGCUUUAAAAAAAAAAAUGCUUGCUUUUCGAAAUCUCAGCGUGGCUUUCUGCAGUGAUCCAUCCUCUCACCCUAUUUUGAAUCCCUGCCCAAGGAACGAAGACACAGCCAGGAAUCGGAAGCCGACGGAGCAGGCUUCAGAUAGGCGGAAUAGACAACUGCCGGGCAGCCCUGAUCAUUCGCGUUCCAUGGCCGAAAGGGGAAAGGAUAAUAUGGCCAAAUGUGAUAUGCUUUCGGCGCUGCGCAAGUUCGCAACCCCUCCAAGUAAAGCUACCCCACGCUGGCCGCCGCCAGUCACACGAAACUGGCUGCACAACACGUUAGCUGGUUCCCGCGCACCACACGCCAACAGCUCCGAGGGCCCCCGUGAAGCCGGCCUACAGUACCGUCCGAACAUUUACGAAGCGUGGGUAACAUGGCACUUGCUUGCGCUCGAGGGUUGCCUGGGAGGAAGAGCGGACCCAAAGCCACCGAGGCAUGGAUGCUGCACGCAAAUCCCACCUCGAUGAGAGUGCAUCUGCAAAGCACAGAUCGGGCAGCAUCUGCAUGUCAUGGAGCUGGGCAAACGCUCCAGUAUAGGCGCGUUCUCGAGCCAUCCAUCCAGGUGUUGCGCAGCCGAGUGCGUGAGCUGUGGUUGUGG